CAGGCUUUCGGGAAAUGUAGUUUCCCGGAUCAAUGCCGUGGAGAAGCGGUUUUCAGGGAUUCCAGCCUUGCUUAUUAUGGAUGCUUUCUACAGCAAUGGAAUCUGGUUUGCAGAGCUGCUGCAAAGGGUGCCGUGCUUGGAGGAUUUCUGGCUAUGGGUGACUUUCUUGGGUGACCCAAAAUGCGUCUUCAUCAUCUAUUUCCCAAUUGCUUAUUUCUUGGACCAGAAGGUUGGACUGAAAGUGCUCUGGCUGGGUUUAAUCUCAGAAUGGUUCAAUUUAGUCUUUAAAUGGUUCUUAUUUGGUGAACGGCCCUUCUGGUGGGUUUUGGAGUCUGCAUAUUCCAGUCACAGGGAAGUCUCUCUCCAUCAGUUUCCUGCAUCCUGUGAAACGGGACCAGGUAGUCCUUCAGGCCACUGUAUGAUCACUGGAGCAGCACUGUGGCCACUUGUAACCACCUUGUCUGCGUGGUCAUCCCAGCACUCCAAGAGCCGGGUGAUGAAAGCAGUACCUUUUACUGUUUAUCUGCUGCUCCUGCUGGCUGUGGGACUUUCGCGUAUCUUCAUCUUGGCUCAUUUCCCUCAUCAGGUACUUGGUGGCAUCCUGGCAGGUAUCAUCCUUGGCUGGCUGCUGGAAUCCCGGGUCCCGCUGGAGAGAGAACUUAGCUUCUACCUGCGGGCUGCGCUGUUCCUCUUGCUAAGUACCUUGACUAUCUAUUGGACCUUGAUAGCUCUUGGUGUAGAUCUGAACUGGUCAAUCAGCCUUGCUACCAAGUGGUGCGCCAAUCUCAGGUGGAUCCGCAUAGACACCCGACCCUUUGCGUCAUUGACUCGUGAUGUGGCCACAGCCCUUGGGCUCGGGCUGUCUCUCCACUCCUCCUACUACAACCACCUCAAAAGGGAGAAACUCAGCCGGUCUCAGAGGGUCUGGUGUGCCAGCUUGGCCAUUUUGGUCCUGAAAGUCCUGAGCAACGCAGUGCAACCAGAGAACUCGGCUCUUUGGUAUGGGGUGACGUUUGUCAAGUAUGCCACAUUCCCUUGGGUGGUGGUAGCAUUGCUGCCCACACUAGUCCACGCUAUGGCCUCCAGGAAGACAUCCCCCUACCAAGAGUAGCUAGCAGAGAGGCCUCUUCUUCCUUGAGGAGCAUAGCUGGCAAAACCCAGUAUAUAUCAACUAGUUUUACCUUUGCCUGUUUCUCAUCUUGCUACAGAAGAUUACGUAUUAUCAAAAAAUGGUUCUUCUGGAAAGACAGCUCUUUUGCUCACGUUGGUCAAGACUGUUUUCUUUGAAACCAAAAAAACCUCCUCCAGAUCUCAAGCUUCUUUUGCUUCGAAUCCUUCCCACCCUCACCUUUCGCAAGCAACAAUAUCCUUGUGCCAUGAAAACAUCAUGAUGCGAUGUCACCCCUGAGCUGAAAAUGACUGGUGCUUGCACAGUGGACUACCUUUACCCUUUUUUAAGGACUUGAUGUAUGACAGGAGUUGCUGGAUUUUCUCCUCCUCCUCUCACUCCAGUAGAAAAAGCACAAUGCUUCCUGCUCAGGUAGCUGAUGCUCCCAGCUUCGGUUCAGGUGUCCAAUGUUUGUAGACACGGGUGCAUAUAUUACAUUCUGUUCCUUCCACACAGAUCCCUGUUCCUCAGUCAUUACUGUGUGGCCCAAAUCAGGCUGGUAAAGACUUUCAGACUGCCCCCAUUUCCUUCUUUGAUUUUAGCCACCCUGUUCCUUAGUGAGCUGUUAUGUACCCGUGCAAACAUGUCAAGGAACAUCACUGCUUUGGAGCGAGGUUUGUUUUUCUUGGCAAGCAGCAACAGCUUGUUUCUGAAAAGCGUACAGUGGAACCAUCCUGGCCAGGAGAAUCACUGAAGGAGAGGGCACGGGAGGUAGCUAUGUAGUAACCCAUAGACAUCCAGGGACUAGCCAGCCCAUCAGAUGCUGCAAAGCAGCUGAGUCGUGCUGUCCUAGAUUUUGCUGCACUCCUCCCCAUUCUUUGCCAGCUAUUAUUUUAAUCAAAGCCUAAAUACUGGUAUUGUAAUAAAUUAUGAAAUCCAGA